GUCCGAUAUAUAAAGAUUGGCGCCGGCGCCACAGCUGAUCAUUCUUCAUUCAUUCAUUCCCGAAGUGGAACUCUUCAAUCAACUAUUCAAUCAACAGGAUGUCUAGACGAAGUGGUCGCAUCACAUUACAAGCAAGAAACGAGAACGCACCAGAACAGAAUGACAAUAACACACGGAAAAGAAAAGCUGAGCCAUCCAAAAAGAUUCCACUUGCAUUGAAGAAACAAAGCUACGAAAUACAGAAGCGAUGGUCAGAAGAUGGGGCCAGUCCAUGUGUCCUUGUAGAAACACCACAAAAAGAGUUGGAGCCGAGCAGAGACCUAUCUGGCUUUAAGCAGUUCAGAUUCAAGAACAUCUUCAUCAAGCCCUCGCCGCUGCCCUGCCUCAGCUGGGCUAGCUCAGACGACGUUUGGAUUAAGAUGCUGAACAAGGAGCUGAAGUAUGUCCACGACAAGGGCUUUCUACAGCGUCAUCCAAAGCUACAGCCCAAGAUGAGGGCCAUUCUCCUGGACUGGCUUCUAGAGGUGAGUGAAGUGUACACUCUGCAUCGGCAGACGGCCUAUCUGGCCCAAGAUUACUUUGACCGCUUCAUGCUGACGCAGGACGAUGUGGAGAAGGACCGUCUGCAGCUCAUCGGCAUCACCGCCCUCUUCAUCGCAUCUAAGAUUGAGGAAAUAUAUCCCCCAAAGCUCCAUGAGUUUGCGUACGUUACCGACGGCGCCUGUGAUGAAGACGAAAUCCUGGAGAUGGAACUGGUCAUGUUAAAGGCGCUGAACUGGAGCCUGUGUCCGGAGACGGUCAUCUCUUGGCUGAAGCUCUAUGCUCAGGUGGAGUCCUUGAAGGAUGGCCUCAACUUCCUAGUACCUCAGUUCUCUCAGGACACCUACGUCCAGAUCACGCAGCUGUUAGACCUGUGCAUACUGGACAUUAACUCCCUGGACUACCAGUACGGGAUCCUGGCCGCCGCUGCCUUCUGUCACUUCUACUCAUUUGAAGUGGUCCACAGAGUGUCAGGUCUGACGUGGGAUAACCUCGCUCCCUGCGUGCGCUGGAUGACCCCCUUCAUGCGUGCCGUCAGCGCCCAUCCCCGGGUGCAGCUCAAGGACUUUGAUAAAGUGACGUCUGAAGACCGACACAACAUCCAGACCCACGUGGACUACCUGUCCAUGCUGAGCACAGCUCGUCAGAGUCAACAGGAGAGCCAAGGCCCAAUAUCGCCUGUCACCCUUGGAGGGAUAUUGACUCCACCUAAAAGCACAGAGAAACCAGCAAAUAACUCAGCCAAUUCAUUCUGACCAACCAGAUGAAAGGAGAGUUCCCUGGACUGUUGCGCCUGACCAACCAGAUGAAUGGAGAGUUCCCUGGACAGUUGCGCCUGACCAACCAGAUGAAUGGAGAGUUCCCUGGACUGUUGCGCCUGACCAACCAGAGGACCUCAUUCUCACUUGAACAAUCAGAUGAGCUUAUGGUGUUGGCUCACCUUUGUGUAGCAUGUUGAGUUGUUUUACUUUAUAGACCAUGUUGGAUAUCAGAGUAUGUCCUGCAUAUACUUUAUCCAGCCAUGUUUGCAGCUCUAUAUUGAUUACAGGACUAUAUUGACUGUUCAAAUUAUGGCAACAAAGUUCUAAAUCUUAAUGGCCUGAUUUAAAUUGUAAAGCAGCGUAAUUUGAGUUAACUCUAGUCAGAUCUUCCACUGGAAAGUGUCUGCUGCUCCUCUUUUGUAACUUGAAGUUGAAUAUUUCAAGACAUGGAAUGUUUUCAUAGCUAAAAGCUAAAUGUUUUAUUUGAGGUGAAAUGGUACGUGUUGCUCUGUGUUGUGACAGGGUUAAGAUACCUUGUUCCCAGAGUACCUAAGGUAUAGCAGGGUGUUACUUCCAACUGGUCACCCCACCUGAGCAAAUUAAUCAGUUCAUUGCUCCCAUGAUUUCAACAUUCCUGGUCUUCUCCAUUGGAUCGUUUGGAAAAAAUUAAGUGCCUGCAAUGCUCCUAGACCAGGAUUAAUUUAUUGUGUAUUUUCUGUUGGCUAGAUGUGGUGGCCCCUUGCUCCGUCAUAAAAUGGAACUCUUUUUAUGACUGCUGUUCAGAUGCUACAGCAACAUUUUAACUAGCUGAAAGGGUGGAGCCGCGUAAACCAUUUACACCUUCUGAAACACCUCUUUUACACAAGUGUUUUUGAAAGCACAUUCUUUCCCCACAUUUGUGAAUGACUUCUUCUGAUUUGCCACUGAUACAAUGUGAAGCAGUCAGGUGCCACAAAUCACAUUCCUGAAAAACUUGACUUUAGUAGUUUGACCUCAGACCAACUAUACUGAUUUUUAACAUUUGUAUUUAUUUGUUCUCAUAAAUAUUAGUAUUACAAUGCUUUUGUGUCCAUAUGUAAAUUCUUCUUGGUGGGGCUUUCAAAUCUUUUUUUUUUUCAAUCUUUUUUUUAACACUGCCAAAGGAAGAGUAUUUAAGUCACGGGAUACCAUGUUAUUUAUGAUUGUCAAUGUUUAUUGGGAGGGGGUACUGUAUGAUGAAGUUAAGUAUGAAAUAUGUUGCGUAGUUUUGCGCUAGCCUGUCCAAGGUGCCUUAGUUGAACUAGUAUGGUGAUAAAGUGUGAUGUAAAGACUUUAACCCGUCUGUCCAGAAUUCCUCUGACUGUAAACAGAAGCCUCCAGUGUUUGGCAGUUGCCUGUUGGGUCUGCAGUAUACAAAGAACCAUGUAAACUGUAAAUACAUUGUGUAUAUGUGAUGUACAUAAGACUGUAUGUACCUGAACUGAAUAUUUCAAAUGUUUUAUUUUGGAAAUAUGAAAUGAAUUCAAUAAAUGACAUUUAAGUUAA